UGCAAAAGUAGCCAAUUCUUGACACCCUUUGAAUGACUUUUGUUUGAGUCGCGAGAGGGAGAGACAGACAUAUUUGGGUUAAGGAUAGAGUGGUUACAAUGGUUACAUACGUUGAAGACGUCAUCGGAGUUAUGAGAAAAAAGUCAUUUACACCUCAAAUACAGUGGAUGUGAGUUAUGAUUGUUGUCGAAGAGAUUGCGUGGUCUCUGAUGGCAGUAGUUCUGCGAUUGUCUCCACUCUUACACUGUUUGAAAAGUUUUACUUUUGUUUUGCUUUUAGUAGUCAUUCAAUAGGUAUUGAAUGGCAAAGGAAUCGCCCUUUUAUUCAAUACAUUUAUAACUCUUUUAAUAAUAUUAUUAAUAAUUUUGAUUAAAACUUAAUGCAAGAGUCAAUACAUUUGUAACGAAAGCAUUGGUGACAAUAUUUUGCAAACAAUGAUCAAUAGAUAAUGUUUUUAGUGUCGAUCAGAUCAUUGGUCUCAUCGAUGUCCACAUGUGAACAAUGGCCACAACUAGUGAUUCACCAAUUCUUGUGAAUUCUCAUCCAAUUUGUCAUUCAUUUCAUCAUUUGUUCAAAAUUUGUAUAUUUUUUAUUUGUUUUCUUCAUUCGUGUCAUUCAUAUAAUGAUCCAUUAAAUGAAUUCUCAAGACAUGAAAUUGUUUUUCCAAAAUUGUUUCCGUCUUCUAAUCGCAAUACGAGUCCAUCAGAGAUUAAAAAUUUAGAAAACGAUGGAUUGAAAAUUGAAUUUAAAGCUUUCGAUAAAUUAUUUGAAUUGCAAUUACGGAGCAAUUUAGGACUCAUUGCAAAAAAUUAUUUUGAAAAACACCGUCAAAAUGGCAUCAAAUCAAUGCCUCAGUUAACAAAUUCAGACAACUGUCACUUUACGGGACAUUUAGUUAACCAAAGUAACAAUACAUGGGCUGCUGUUUCCACAUGUGAUCAGAUAAUAAGUGGUGUGUUUAGCGAUGGGACCGAUGUAUAUCAUAUCCAUCCUAAAGAGAACAGUCAAUCGGUGAUUAUAUUUAGAGACAGCGACAGAUCUUCCCUCUCAUCCUUCAAAUGCGGUUUCACUAAUGAUUCGAUUAUUAAUUUGAUGUCCAACCGAAUCCGUCAAAAGAGAGCCGUAUCUGAUCCGUACGAGAGUAACGGUGUCUCUCGUUUUGUUGAAUUAGUUAUUGUUAAUGAUUACGAUGUGUUCACACAAAACAAGAAGAAUAAGACAAUUGUUUUUGACAGAAGUAAACGAAUCGCAAAUAUAGUUAACGCUCUUUACAAUCAAUUGAAUAUAUUUGUGGUUUUGGUGGGAGUUGUGAUUUGGACCGAAAUGAAUGAGAUUACUCUAUCCACUGAUGGCGACCAAACACUGACCAACUUUUUACACUACAGAAGAGAGCGCCUCAUACCUAUCCAUCCCAAUGAUAACGCACAACUCAUCACUGGAUCUUCUUUUGAUGGCGGAGUUGUUGGUAAAGCUCUUAAAGGGUCCAUUUGUACUUUUGAAUACUCUGGUGGAGUGAAUACAGAUCACAGUCAAGUAACAAGUCUUGUGGCGACAACAGUGGCUCACGAGUUGGGCCACAACUUCGGGAUGGAACACGACUCAGACAAGUGUCGGUGCGCUGACGACAAGUGCAUUAUGGCUCCGUCUUCGAGUACUGUUAGUCCAAAACAUUGGUCUUCAUGUUCUGUGGAAUAUUUGGAGCACUCACUCAAACAGGGAAUGGAUCACUGCCUUCAUAAUAAGCCGCGGCAAUUGGUUGGACCCGUUUGUGGCAAUGGCUUCCUGGAGAAGGGCGAAGAGUGUGACUGCGGUCUGAAGAGUACAUGUGAUAAUAAGUGCUGUAAUGCGACCACUUUACAGGACGGAACCGAAUGUAUCGAAGGCUUUGCUUUCUGUUAUGGCGGCAAAUGUGAUACCCGUGAGAGUCAGUGCCGACUCUUGUGGGGAAAGAGUGGAGAAGUUUCCGAUUAUAAGUGUUACCAACAGAACACAAAAGGCAAUGCAAACGGAAAUUGCGGUUAUUUUAAGCAAAACCAAACAUUCAUUAGUUGUAAACCUUCUGAUGUGAUCUGCGGUCGACUUCAUUGCUUCCAUCAAAGCGAACAAUUGAAAUACGGCACCGAAAGCGCAGCCAUAUUAGCAAGGUCAUUCAUUCCCAACCGGGGCAAAAUACUCGCCUGUCGGUCAGCCAUGAUUGACCUCGGAUUAGACACUAUUGACCCGGGAUUAGUGCCUAACGGUGCCAAAUGUGGGACCAAUUCAAUGUGUGUCAAUCAGAAAUGUGUUUCAGUUAAAGCAUUUCUCGACAACAAUGCGUGCGAUAAUAAUUGUAAUAAAAAUGGUUUGUGUGAUAAUCGCGGUCAAUGUCACUGUUAUCCGGGAUACGCGCCGCCCAAUUGCGCCCAUUCCAUAGCCGGCGGUUAUUUCCUCACAAUCGCUAUGUAUAUCAUAUUUUUGGUUGUCUUGCCGUUGACUGCGAUCACAGCCUUUUUGAUAUACAAUUAUAACGAUUCCAUCAAAAACUGGUGGUUUAUAAAAGCGAGAAAGUCUGCCAUCAAAUCGCGAGCUAAACAAAUAUCUCAUCGAAAGCCUCCCAGACUUCCCGUUAAUUUCAACGCCGAGUCUCUGGAGAUCUCGAGUCCCAUAUCACUGGAAAUGGAGUCCACGAACUCAACAAAUUCACCCAUCAAUUCAGCUUCUAAUCCGAGA